AUGAACUCGAGGACUGACGAGAAAGAACUCGAGACCCGCGAGACGACGUUGAUCGAGCUUGUCCAGUCGCUGGGCGAAUACAUCAACGAUGACGACGAGAAGAUCCGCGCCCGCGCGGUGUCGUACCUAGUCGCCGUUGUUGCAGCCCUCCCUCCGAAGUACCUUUCUCGUCAACAGAUCCAAGUUCUGUGCCAGUUCUUGUGUGAUCGCAUUGAAGAUGGAGGAGCAAUCGAGGGCCUAUCUAAGCUCCAGAGCUUGGACCGGUUCACUGCAGAGAUGGCUCAAACAGUUGUGAGAGCGAUCUUCGAACACUUUUCCGACUUGCAGUCUCGCAAUCAGGCUGGCAGAUAUCGCAUUCUACAACUGUUGAAUGAGCUUCUGGAUCAUCAUCGUAAAGCCAUCAGGGAAAUGAAGGAUGAAUCCCUCACUGGAAUCACCGACCUAGUCGCCGGGGAGAAAGACCCUCGAAAUCUGAUGCUGAUCUUCUCCAUGCUCAGAGUUCUGAUGGUCGAGUGGGAUAUUCAGGGUCACGAGCAGACCAUGUUCGACUCUGUGUAUGCCUAUUUUCCCAUCACAUUCAGGCCUCCUCCAAACGACCCCUAUGGUAUCACCGCUCAAGACCUGAAAGAUCGUCUGCGGGAGUGUCUGGCAUCUACCGGAGCGCUGGCUCCGUACACGUUCCCUAACAUGUUGGACCGGCUUGAUUCCACUUCUACCACUGUAAAAAGGGAUUGCUUGCAGGUCUUGUCUGCAUGCGCCAAUAACUACGACCCUGAAACACUUAGCCAAUUCUCCAUACCACUCUGGGACGCGGUCAAGUUCGAAGUGCUACAGGCUCAAGAGCCCGAAUUGGCUGAGGAAGCAUUGCGUGUUCUCAACGCCAUCGCAGCGUGCUUGAGCAAGAGUCCCAAGAGCAUGCACAACGCUCCUUCUUCGCCUCUCCUCCAGUAUCUGAAGCCUGUGAACAAAGAAUGCCUGGAGCACCUGCAGGAGCCUGCAGCACGCCAGGCAAAAGCGUCCGGGGAUAUUCUCAAGGCCGUAUCAUCAGCAACAAUACAGUCCUUUAGAAUCGUGAUUGAGUCUAUUGGGCCCUCGCUUCUCACCAUCUAUCAGUCUUCGCAAGGUCUUGUCCAGCAGCGGGCAAUCCUUGAAAUUGCAAACCAGUUAUUCGAGGCUUCAAUCGAGGUGUAUGGGUCAUGGUCCUCCCCCAGUCAGAAAAACCCCGAGGGACGUGAGAAUCUGGUGGGCCAAUUCAAGGACAGCUUUGUGGCUCUGUACAGCCAAGCCCUGAUGGGAACGGUCAAAGAAGAGGUGUCAUUUCGACUGACUGCGGCCAAUGGGCUGCUCCUAGUCUCAAAGAUGAACUCGGUGCUCUCGGACGACGAAAUUGGACUGGUUGUUCAAUACUUUGAUGACAUCGUUCUCAAAGAGGAAUCGUACGGGCGAGACGAAUUGAAAAAGAAGGCCAUGGCGGCACUGGCUGAGAUAUCUCAGUUCAAGCCUGUCCUGAUCUCCGACGUCACAUUCCCUGCCUUCAUGGCGCGAUUGCCAGAUUCAGAAAAUGAAGCACGCUCAGGCGAUUAUCGCUCUGUUCUCGAAGGGCUGGCCGAGAUCAGCCUCGAAAGACAGUUGUUGGAAACGCUAAUGAGGCGUCUGCUCAACAAGCUAGAACUCCUUUUUGGCACCAGCCAGCCGCCACCGUUUCCCUACACCUGCGCUAUGCUCGGUGCAGUUCUGUAUGUCCUUAAUCGGACUGUGUCAAAGCAAAAUGUGAAUCUGGAGGCAUACUUUGACCGCAUGGUGGUCCGCAUCUCCCAAAGAAUAUCACACACAACAACAGGACCUCUUGUCGACGAUAGUGUCCUCGAUCUCCUAGGUCGAAUCAUGAACUUGAUCGUCCGACACUCUUCAGCCGAGUUCAUUCAGAAGACGGCUGACAACUUUUACUCUUUAUUCGCUAAAACAUCAGGCGACCCUGAGCACGAAAGGCUCGUAAAAGUGAUCGAACAGCCGCAGAGGGCGAUUUUGACGACAUGGCUGCUGGCCGCCUUACCCAGAACCACGCAGUCGUCGAUACUGGCAAAAGACCAAGUACCUAGAAACAUAAACGAACUGAUAUCAUUCGCGGCAACGUCCCAGAGCCCUGCAGUAACACAGACUCUGCUCACUCAGGUUGCUCUAUAUGUCAACAAGCAUAUACAGACACCUGAUCUUGGAUUUGUUGAAGAUAUCCUGUCACAAAAACUGUCCGCCCUUAGGGACGAUACGAUGGACGAAGCCGACCCACGCGACUUGGACAUCCGGCUGGUUUUUGUGCUGUUCAAAGCACUUAUAUUGCGGCUUUCUCCGAAGACGAACGAAUACCUCGGUCGGCUCGUUGAGCUUCUCAGUCCAAGUCAAUACCCUCUCUCGGUCUCGCAAAAGGCAGCGCUGGGAUUUGCAACCAUCUUAUCACCAGACGAUAUUCUGUCGAAGGAAAAUGGGGCCCAGAUCCGGCUGCUCGUCCCGCAGCGUGUUUUUCAGACUUUGACCCCCUUGGUCGCUGAGAAGUUCAGAACGUCGGAGUCCCCGCUUGAAAAGGAGAACUACUUGAUAGCUUUAAGUGGAAUCUUGGCGUCUGUUCCAUCCGAGAUCGUCAUGCCAGAGCUGCCUACCCUACUACCUCUCCUGUUACAAUCCCUAGACAUCGCAGAUCAAACGGUCAAGAUAGCGACACUGGAGACGCUUGCUGUGGUUAUAUCCAACAAUCCUUCAGCAUUGAUAGAGAGCGGUCACAUUCCUUCUCUCGUCAAACGACUUAUCGCUGUCGCAACCGCGAAGAAGAGCAAGGCCAGCAAGGCAGCUACAGAGAAAGGAGGAUCGCCCACGAUACAGGAAAAUCACCCCAGGAGUCGUCGGCUCGCAACGCGAUGUCUCACAUUAAUGCCCAAGUACAUCUCUACCAGCGGCUCACGAGCCAACCCUCUUCUCCCUUUGAAAACGGAGGUCUUGCACGGUCUGAGAAAUAUAUUGGACGACACGAAGCGUGAUGUGAGGAAAGAAGCUGUCGAUGCGAGAGCGGCAUGGAUAAGAGGCGUUGAUGAUGUAAAUGACGACGAUGAAUAG